AGGAGGACAGCGCUGCCGCUGGGUUGAGGAAAUUGAUGACGGGGAAGCACACGGGCAACCCAGUGUAUAAAACUGAUAACUGUGUAGGCAGAGAGGCUCAGCUACCACUUUGGACGGCUGCUUCCCACAGCAGAGACCACAACGCGGGGAGCUGAGCCCGAGCCAGCAGGGAAACAUGAGGAGCCUUUUGCUGCUGACCACACUCCUUGUACCUGCCCACCUGGCUGUGGCGUGGAGCACCAAAUAUGCGGUGGAUUGCCCAGAGCACUGUGACCGUAGCGAGUGCAGGAGCAGCCAGCGCUGCAAGAGGACAGUGCUGGACGACUGUGGCUGCUGCCAAGUGUGUGCCGCAGGGCUGGGAGAAACUUGCUACCGCACAGUCUCGGGCAUGGAUGGCAUGAAAUGUGGCCCAGGGCUGAGGUGUCAAUUUUACAGUGAGGAAGAUGAUUUUGGUGACGAGUUUGGUAUCUGCAAAGACUGCCCCUACGGUACCUUCGGGAUGGAAUGCAAAGAGACUUGCCACUGCCAGUCAGGCAUAUGUGACAGGGUGACAGGCAAAUGUCUGACACUUCCCUUCUUCCAAUAUUCAGCAGCGACAUCUUCUACCAGGAGGCUUGUUUCUCACACAGAUCAUGACGUGGCAUCCGGAGAUGGAAAUUCUGUGACAGAAGAGACCAAGAAGAAGAAAGCUGCAAAGUUGCCUAUAAUGAAAUGGUUGAAUCCGCGCUGAUCCUGGGGCGGAUUUCCAAGGGAAGGCGCGCAGUGAUGGUUCAGUACCCUGCCCACAUUUUAAGAACUAUCUAGAUUAGAGCACACGGACGUGUAAUUUUUGGAGAUCGAGUAAGCCUUAGGUGGGCCCAGCCACAAGAAAUAGACUACUUAAAAAUGCGUAAAAUGCAUAUGGUCCAUUCGAUGAGGGUGAGGUAUUGUGAUAUUUGGAUCUUCCCUGUGGUAAAUUCAAUAGAAUUUAAUUAUUGUGAUUAUUAUUUACUUUGGAAAAAGUCAAAGCCCCAACCAGAAAGUCAUGAGGAAGUGGGAUGUUUGAAGCUGGUGGGAUUUGAGUAAUAACCUUGAGCUGAGGUCCAUUUCAAAGGGCUGCUAAUGUAGUUCUCAGGCCCCCUGGAUCUGAAGGCUGGGUCUAAGGCAGAGGGCAAACAUCCACUUCCAGGAGUGGUUUGCACAAUACCACCUUGAGAUGGGGCUGGGAUGUUCUCCACCUAUGGGGGGGUAGAGAUAAAUAUUUAUAUAUUUUUAUUAAAAAAAUGUGUUAGUACAAGUCACCUUCCAUACCCAUGUUUAUAACUCUCUUGAGGAAAUGAGCUCAAUUUCUUAAAUGAUUAGAAAGGUUUAACUCUGUAAGAUCUUCAAACACUGUAUUAUAUUUUAAUAAUAUUAACAAUAAGAUGCAUAAGAGAAAGUUAAAAAAAAAACCUAGUAACUGAACUUACAAAAUUCUAAAAAAUGAGCAAUGAAGGGAAUUUACCUACAGAAAAUGUUAUGACUCAGAUACAAUUUAAAUUUAAAGUAGCGGAUGAUUUUGUUAGGGGUUUGGAAAAGAGUCAGUUCCAGCAGGAAACCUACCCACUUGAAAAUAGAGGCUAUUUUCAUAGUUUUUCUUUCAAAGGUGAUUGGGAAAUGGAAUCAGAAGUAUGCUAUCUUAGCCCAAACGGAACUGGUGUACUAUAUGCGGUUAGGAAAUAUUUGCGGAAAUAUUUUAUUUGGAAUCGAGAAUUUAUUUAAGAAUUAUUUCAGUAUUUACCUAUAUUUUAUUCUUCAAGUUUGCCAACAGAGUUGUGGAUGUGUGUGUGGGAGGAUCUCUGAAUGUAAGCUGAAUAAGCUGUUUUGUUUUAAAAGGGCAAAUUUGCUACUGUUCAAUAAAAAACAAGACACAGCUAC